GCCUGUCAAUCACCACAAAAGGGAAACGUAAGUUAGGAUGCGCCGUUCCACCUCCUGCAAACUGGCUGCAGAGCAAAUGUUACUUUGGAUUCACACAAAUUGAAUGAAAGUCAGUUGAAGGCUUUGGCCAGCGGAAUAGUUCCACAUUAAGGCUAACGAACAGUUCAGAUAGGAGACACCUGCUGAGUCGGUUACGGGAGAAACACGGCUGAUACACACUGACCAAAAACAGAGGUUAAAGGCAUCUCUGGAAGGGAAAGAAGCAGACCGAGGCAAUGCAGCGGGUCACGGCGCAGCUCGUCGCCGGGCUGCUGGCAACGGUGCUGUCGCUGCUGUCCGAGCGGAGCUGGGCGGACAGCGGGGGCCCAAGCCUUGCAGAACGGGUCAUCUGGGCUGUUAAUGCCGGUGGGGAAGCACAUGUGGAUGUUCACGGCAUCCACUUCAAAAAAGACCCUCUGGAAGGGAAAAUCGGUAAAGCAUCCGAUUAUGGGAUGCGCCUGCCAAUACUGCGCUCCAGUCCAGAAGACCAGGUUCUGUACCAGACAGAGCGCUACAACGAAGACACUUUUGGAUACGAGGUUCCCAUUCGUGAGGAAGGAGAGUAUAUACUAGUCAUGAAGUAUGCAGAGGUUUACUUUGCACAAUCACAGCAAAAGGUGUUUGAUGUUCGUCUAAAUGGCCACAUGGUGGUGAAGGACCUGGAUAUCUUUGAGCGAGUGGGUCACAGCACUGCUCAUGAUGAGAUUGUGCCCUUCUCCAUUAAACGAGGCAAACUGAGUGUGAAAGGAGAGGUAUCUACUUUCAGUGGGAAGCUCACAGUGGAGUUUGUAAAGGGUUAUUAUGACAACCCAAAGGUCUGUGCUCUCUAUGUUAUGAAGGGGACGUUAGAGGAUGUACCAAAGCUUCAACCUCACCCUGGCCUGGAGAAGCCUGAGGAAGAUGAAGCAGAAGAAGAAGAGGAAAGUGACGGAGGUGAGGAGGGUGGGAAGAAAAAGGUCUCAACAGAUUCUAAGUCCAGAGUCCAGUCAGGACCCCGAACACCAAACCCCUACGCAGCUGACAACAGCAGCCUCAUGUUUCCCAUCCUCGUUGCAUUCGGGGUUUUCAUCCCGACCCUCUUCUGCCUCUGCCGACUGUGAGUUAAGACCAACAGUGGGGAAACAUCAAGAGGUGUAAAAUGAACGAGGGAUUGUGAAGAAGGGAGAGAAAGAAGGAGAGGAGUUCAAGGUGACAGCAGCAGCAUGGGUAAACUCAUACACACGGGAGAACCGGAGGCGUGGGGAAAAUCAGGACAAUGGAGGUCAGAAGGAGACUAACUUUUGGGAAAGCCACUGCCAGAUGAAGCGAACACUCCUUUUGUAGGAAAAAGGGGAUGUUGGAAGUGUGUUCUGUGUGUUUCACAUCCACCUCUGCUGACCCUGUUUGAACAAUGUUAGCCAUUUCUGCUCAAAGCUGGGGGGGGGGGGGGGGGGGUCUGUUCUGUUCCAGAAGCCAGUCUUCAUGGAUGAAGCCACAUUUCUGCAGCUAAGAGAUGCUCAGAGGUGAUUUGAUCUGGGCCCUUUUAUAAACUACAAGCAUUGUUUUGUACUGGGUGCAGCAAGGAAGCACACUGUAUGUAACACUCCUGCUCAGCAUCUGGGCAGACAUUUUACCUUCAGAUUGAAAAUGGUGCUGCUUGGGUUAAUUGGUAAUCUAGAAUAUAAAUCAUAAGUGAGACGGACAAUAGAAAAUAAAGCUUCUAUGUGAGAGACAUCUGGUCUUCUGCGCUUGGAAGUCUUGGUUUCCAUUUAGAUCUAACCGGCCUUUUGUUGACGUGCCAUCCUCUGCUCGCCGUAAACUGAGAGACGGAGGGUUUUAGGCUUGAAUCGGCUCUAGCUGAUGUUUAAUUUGCUGUCUUUGCUUGCCUUUACAUAAACAUAGGUUUGGUUUCACUAAACUGUUGGUGUGUGUUAACGCAUGUUAGAUGCUUCUCCCUGAUGCCUAUUGAGGAACACACAUGUCCAACAGUAGCCACACGUUUUAAUGUCGUUGUUUUGUUUCUUUACGGCACAAAAGAUUUUUUCAAUCAUGUAGGCGGUUGAAUUCUAUGGGGAGAUGAUUAAUGUUGAUGAUUAAGCUCCAUUAAGAAUCACAAAAAUGUACCUUUUAUUUUGCCUACUUUCAUUCAUCGUGCCCGGCUGCCUUUUUGUUUCACAAAAUAUUUUUAAGUCUAAUCGCUCACAAAUGUUCAUUUAUUUUUACUUUUGUGAAUAGGAUUUUAAUUAAGUAGCAUAAAAGCUGCCGCAUUGAGAAGGCGGCAUGUUUUUGUGCUCGUUUGUGGCCUUUUUCCUUUUCUUGUUAUAGCUGAGCUGUUUUGAGAAGCAGCAGAAACCUCAGUCCCGUAUGCUCCACUAGCAGACCACUCAGCAUUUAUACUGACCGUUAAAUCAUUCGAUUCUUUGCCACUUCAUGUUCUAGUUUUGCACGUCCUCUGCUGUCUCCUGUUCGCCCCAUGACUUUGUUCACACGGUAAAAAAGCACAAGUAGAAAAAUAAAUGUUUACCCCAUGUUGUGCGUUAACAUUUAGUCACAGGUCCCCCUAACCCCCUCGCCGGUCUUUUUGAAUAUGUCCUCUUCAACCUCUUUUAAUGAUUGCUGCAUCCUGUAGCCGGUCAUGAUGUGACCAGGAUGAGCACACUGUGGACAAAAUCCUGAUUUAUCCCUCCUAUCAGAGUCCGCUUUGACUUCAUUUAGUUUUAGCAUUUGGCCAGUGACAUAGCUCGUAGUUCUGGGAUGAAAAGCAACUUUGUUCCUCAGUUUUGGUCGAGCUGAUGGGUGCUCUCCUAUUUAUGUAUCUCGUUACCUCCACUAAGUGCUUAGCUUCACUCCAAGGAUGAUUUUGAAACUUAACCUGUUUCACAAACAUGUCUGAGAUGUGCUCCCCUCCAUCCUGUGGCCCUUCUCCACACCAGUAUUGCUGUUGCCAGAAACGAUACGUGGAUAACUAAGUUGAGUUUUCGGGUGUAAACCAUUCAUUUUCCCUCCAAUUUGAUUUAUUCUUUCCAUAAAGUUUGUGCCAGCAAAUAUUUUAUUUGCAGUUUUGUCUUUUUCUGUAAUCUUGACUGACUAAAUUAAUUUAAUUUCAUCUGAAAAUAUGCUAAAUUUAAUGAAUUCAGCACGUGUGUGUGUGUGUGUGUGUGUGUGUGUGUGUGUGUGUGUGUGUGUGUGUGUGUGUGUGUGUGUGUGUGUGUGUGUGUGUGUGUGUGUGUGUGUGUGUGUGUGUGUGUGUGUGUGUGUGUGUGUGUGUGUGUGUGUGUGUGUGUGUGUGUGUGUGUGUGUGUGUGUGUGUGUGUGUGUGUGUGUGUGUGUGUGUGUGUGUGUGUGUGUGUGUGUGUGUGUGUGUGUACACGGUACAAAAAUCACCUUUUUAUGUGAAACUUGCGUGUUCAUCAUGUUGUGCCUGAGAUGUUUUUGUUUUUAAAAAAUCUGGCAAAGACUUUGGCCUUUCUUUCUGGUGAGGAGUGGUUGUAUAAUCUUGUAUUAUUAUUAUUUACCAGCAGCCACAUUAACUGGCUGUCAGUCAAAUAAAUGAGAUUGUCUGAAAAUGUGGGAUCUUCCAUUUUAUUAUAUAUAAUUUAAAUCAGAUUGGGGCUGGCCUGGAGAUUUUUUUAUAUUAUGCUGGGAUUUGUUUGAGUUUCUCAGGAUCUGUUUUGAGUUUUUGAGCGCUAUUUUACUGGUGUGACAUUUUUGCACUGCCUCGUGUAUUUUCAAAUGUCUUUGUUUCUUUGUUGUCUUAAUUAUUGAAUUCAUUGUGCUUUAACAUGAUUCGCCUUAAGAUUGCGGUUUUGUUUGCUUAUAUCAAAAAUAGCCUUUAAUUUUUUUUAGGUGUUAGAUUUUCAUUCUACAAUAAGCUCUUAUUAUGAGAAUCAGAUCAGUAGAAUUAAAUUAUGACUCGAUUUCAGCGUUACCAGGAGCUAAGCCAGGGGAAAAAAUGCAUCCCUCCUUUAGUUUUCAGAGCUGUUUUGAUCAGCUUUUUUGUUGUUGUUUACCACACAAGAACCAAAGAGUUACUGUCAUUUCAUCCAAAUCCUUUACAGUGAUGAUUCUGAACUGUUUAUUUCCUCCAUCCCUUUUCUUUCACUUGAUACACCAGAGGAAAAAAACAUCCCAGUUGGACGAUCUAAAAAGAUACGGAAGUGUUUUGUAAAGAAAAUAAACAUGUUUACGACAUUACUAAUUGUUACCACCGCAUAAUGUAAAAGUAUUCAGAGUCGGACGAGUUUGGAGAGAAAAACAUCAGAACUAAGUUGUCUGAGCAGCAAACCACAUGGAGAACCCGAUCUGCCUCCAGUCCCUGUGUGAGUGCAUCUAAAACAUCCCAUAAUACUGUAGAUAUGUUUGUGGAUAAAUAACCGCUCUGUUGAAAGCCAGAGGCAGCAGCAGGUGGACAGAAAUAAUGACAAGACCCCCCGAUCUUCUGACUCGGAUGUGACAUAUUUCUGCAAAAUGGAAAAUGCUGAUUAAUGCUGUCUCUUUUUAAUAAAUGUGCUAUUUUAUCAGAA